ACACAUCAGGCCACUGUCUCAUCGUGAGACUAAUUGUCAUCCAGGAUGGAUCCCCAUUAAUUGUGCCCAACCCUUGGAUAUUACUGCCUGCGCCAUUGCCUCGCUGUUGCCUAUAUCGACCUAUACUAUUUCCACCGAUGGAUUCCUUCGCUCUACCUCUUGGAGGCCGAUUGGGAUCUGGAAUCGUAAAUUUUUGCUUGUGUUUAUCCGUAAUUAGGCGACACGGCAAUGUUCGGGAUCACCGUUGCCUAGCUGAUCGGCGACGACGGAGAGACAUCUCUAAGGGACUGUUGUUCUUGGACACGAGUUUAAACAGUAAUUGUCGUUGGAACUCUAUAAUACCUCUUAUAUACCCCAUAACGCCUGCUCAAAUGUCCAUGAUUAAAACCCAUGUCAAUAUCUCCAAGUUCCGCUGUCUAGCCAGCCGUACACUGGUAUGCUUAUAUAUGUACCUCUAGCGGUCGAUAGAAUCAAGUGCGAAGAAACAAACUUUGUACAAGUGGCAAUCGUGCACAUAUACCAACUCUCGUAGUUCUUCUCC